AUGCUCAUAUCAUUCACGGUCUGGACUGCGUGUUCAGCUGCUUAUGAUGAAACUGGAACAUCAGGCUUAGCCACUGCUGUUCUAUUCCUGAUAUUCCUAUUCCAAGUGUGCUACUCGGUUGCAAUAACUCCGCUUAGUAUUAGUUAUCCGGUCGAGAUUCUUCCACUCCACAGUUGUCAGAAGUUGAUGGGUAUAUCGUACAUUGACAACAGCUGCGCCAACCUUUUCAACUCAUUUGCCUCUCCUGUUGCCAUUGAGGCAAUCGGAUGGAGAUACUACUUGAUUUAUAUCGUUCUGUUGGCGGAGUUUGGAGUCGUUGUCUAUCUCUUCUUCCCAGAAACUCGCGGUUGUGGCCUUCAGCAAAUCGCAGACUUGUUUGAGAGUGACAACUUUUUACUGGGUAAAGCUAAGCUUUCUUCCGCAAGAGGUGAGAGUGCACUUGAUGAUGAGAAGGAUAUUUCCGAUGUGCAUGUUGAGCAUAUUGGUGUUACUGAUUCUGAGACCCCAGAGAGCGUCAAGAAAUAG